AUGCAUUCAUCCUCCGUUACAUUUAUCACCUUUUCUUUCUCUUCUUCCUCUCCUCUUCAUUCUUCAUGUAUUUCGACCUGUUCCUCCUCUUCUUCAAUCUUUAUCUUUAUUUUGUCUUCCUUUCCCUCAUCCCCUACAUUCAUCACCUUUUCUUUCUCUUCUUCCUCUCCUCUUCAUUCUUCAUGUAUUUCGACCUGUUCCUCCUCUUCAAUUUUCUUUAUUUGUCUUUUUUUCCCUCAUCCCCUCAUUCAUCAUCUUUUCUUUCUCUUCUUCCUCUCCUCUUCAUUCUUCAUGUAUUUCCCCUGUUCUCCUCUUCUUCAAUCUUUAUUUGUCUUCCUUUCCUCCCUCCUGUUCAUCCUGAUCUUCUUUCUCCUCCUAAUCAUUCUUGAUCUUUUUCCAUCUCUUCUUCCUCUUCUUCAAUCUCAAUCUUUAUUUUGUCUUCCUCUUCCCCUACAUUGA